AUGACCAAAUUACUACAAACACUACAGAGACUGAUACAUUACUCCACUAGACUUCGAAACUCGGUUGUUGAGUCUCCUAUCUCUACAUCACCACGUCCAAAUUAUGCAUUCUACGAUUCUUUUCCUGAAUAUGAAGCAAACCAAAGUCGAGUUUUCCAGACUAUCAAAAAUACAAAGAACCAGGAACAAGUUAUCAAGAUUUCGCAAAUAAUAGAAAGUCCUUCACCAGAACUGGAAACCAAUAAUGCGGAAUUGCGAGUUCACAAGAACCCAAAGUUUUCUAGGCCGCGGAACUUGAUAAGCAUAGCUGAUUAUUUUUCGGGAAAUUCACAUCAUUUACAUCAUGUUUUUUAUUCGAGCUUGAUGGCGGCGAAGUCCAGGAGAGCUCAACGUAUAGAGAACCGGAAAUUUAUUGACUUGAAAAUAGUUAAAAUGACCACAGGUGCAGGCGGUAAUGGGUGUGUAUCGUUUUUCAAAGAUAAUUGGAAAUCACAGGGUCCUGCAGAUGGGGGUGAUGGCGGGUCAGGAGGUGAUAUAUAUAUCAAUGUUGUUGAUCGUGGAACCAACUCGCUACACAACUUAAACAAGAAGUACGUAGCAACCCUGGGAUCCCCAGGAAAAGGCGGGCAAUUGGAUGGUAAGAAUGGUGAAGAUAUUGUUAUCGAUAUUCCACUAGGGACAAUAAUUCGCUGGAUACCUGAUCCUCAAAUUUUCAAGAAAUAUGUCAGUCAAAAAGAAGGGGACCCUUUGGAUAAUGUGUUUAUAGAGUUGGAAUUGCGACGACAACGACAACAACAUCAUUAUCAUCAAGAUCUUUAUGGGAUGGAAGAGGAGGGAGAUGACUAUAUGAUCCAGUUGAAUCGAGAUAGUUAUGAACCAGGGAGUGGUUGGAAUUUCAAAAAGCAUGAAAUGGAAUAUUACUAUGCAAAGAGUUUUUUCAAGUCGCUAAACAAGAGAGUAACUGAGUAUGAUGAGGCUAUGAGAUACGAAGAAAGACAACAAGACCAAUUUCCUUUAUUUGGAUUAGAUUGUGAUAAAGUAACUACGAGACCAGAAUUGUUCUUGAGAGGUGGUAAAGGUGGCUUAGGUAAUAUGCAUUUUAUUACCACGGAUGUUCGUAAUCCCAACUUUUGUAAAAUUGGAAGGUCGGGGAUCAGUGCACAUUUCUUAUUAGAAUUGAAAUUGAUUGCUGACUUGGGAUUAGUUGGAUUGCCAAAUGCCGGGAAAUCGAGUUUAUUACGAGCCAUUUCAAAAGCUAAGCCAAGAGUUGGACAUUGGGAAUUCACUACAUUGCAACCUACAAUUGGUACGAUUCAACAUAGAAUUGAUUCAGAUCCAUUUACUGUAGCAGAUAUACCAGGGAUCAUUAAAGGUGCCUCGAAUAACAAAGGAAUGGGACUAGAUUUUCUACGCCAUAUUGAAAGAUCAGGCGGAUUGGUAUUUGUAGUGAGUUUAGAGUCAGAAGACCCCAGCAGAGAUUUGCAGACAUUGAUUGAUGAAGUUGGACAUAAAAGGAUGAAGGAUAAAAAAGUACUUGUUGUUGCUACAAAGGCCGAUUUGAGCAAUCAAGGUGAGAAUUUUCAAAGAUUAAAGGAUUUUUUGCAAGAAAAGCACCGUGAAUGGAAGAUUGUACCAGUUUGUGCACCAAGAGGUGAGAAUAUAGAAUGUUGUGUAGAAUUGAUGAAUGAGGUGGCCAAGAAGUAG